AUGUUUAUAUUCUUAUUUGGAUUUCCUCUUUUAUCUCUAACUGGUGGAUGUACAUUUGAUCGACCACUAUUGGGUGAAUUUUAUUCAUAUGAAAAUGGCCUUGAAACUCAUACAUCAUUAAAAGAAAAUGGAGUUGUUGAUAGACGCUCUUAUCGUCGAGAAUCAGGUGCUGGUGCAACACGAAAAGAUGGUGGAGAUCUUUUGGUUACUCAAGAUCUUGGACAGUGUUAUCAAUUAACUCUUAAACAGAACUACUAUGAACUUAUUUAUCGCGACAAAGAUAAAUCUUGUUUUCAAUGUUAUCAAAUGUUUAAUCGAACAAAAAAUGUGAUUCAAAUUAGAAAAAGUUCAUGUGAAGAAACGACAUCUCUAUCGACAAAUCAAAUGAAUUUCGACGAUCUAUGUCGAACUAUUGAUGAACAAAGUGAAUUUAUUACACUUUUCUCAAAAAGUUACUCAGCUGAAGAAUGUCGUCGAACAAUAUAUGGAACAUAUCAUUUUACAUAUGAAUUUCGUGAAGGUGGUAUUGGUAUUUGUGAUAAUCCUUCGUCACGUCUAAUAAGUUGUCCUGAUCCUGGAACUCCAUUUGAAGCUGUCAAUGAACGCUUUAGAAUGAAAUAUGGCUAUUGUAAAUAUUUAACAUCCUCAUUUGAUGCUGAUCAAUUAAAUCAAUGUCUUGGAUCUUGGUCAACACCUGAUGGUAAUAUAAUAACUGCAAUUGCCAAUGAACGUGUUGGUUCCGAACGUUGGUAUGAUAAAUUUCGUUGUAUGUUAUCAAGAAAAGAUCAACCACAAUGGUUUGCUAAAUCUCUAUUUGCUGAAUGUUNUUUAACAAGUAUAACAUUGUCAAGAUCAGCUGGUUCAGCUUGUGGUUUUAAUCAAACAUCUGAAAGUUAUAAAGCAGAAGAUGGAGCUGAUCUUACUAUUACACUUACUGAAGCAGAGCGUAUUCAUGAUGAUUGUCCAAUUCGUUAUGAUGAUGGUCGUAAUGUUUUUGUUGAUUUAGAAGAAUUUAAUUUUUAUUAUGCAAAAUCUUCAAUUGUUCAGCUCAACAAAUUUUUUCUUUCUUUUUUCUUUUUUCUAUUAUUCAUAUUGUUUAAUUAA